CCGGUCUUGAAUGGGUGAUAUCAUGAACAUUAUUAUCAAACAGAACUCGAUAGAGGUGUCAUUUCUAUCGGAUUUCCGCUCCAAUACCAUGCUGGUUCAUCUGUGUACUGGUGCCAUGGUCUUGGUAUCGAGUAAGUGCAUUUAACCUAUAUAUAACGUCGCGCAACCUUUAAUCAACGUUUUGUUCUUCACAAUCAUUAUUUUGCGUUGCGCUGUCUCAUCAGAAAGCCCCAGAGAUGGCGGAACAAAUACCAGCAGAGAAACCCUUCGCAAAUUUUGAUGGCCGUCAAGCAUCAGUUGGAUCUGAAGAAGGCGUCACGACCGUCGUUGAUCUCGUGGACGCCGAUGAAGCCCUUGCAUUCUUGACGUCUCACCCCAAUGCCGUUGAAAUUGCCAUCCAAGGCAAUGCGAUUCUCGAUGACCCAAAGCAGCUUAGGAAACUGGUUCGCAAGAUUGACUUCACGAUUGCACCACUCCUAGCAGCAGUCUACUUUCUCCAAUUUCUAGACAAGACAACUUUGAGUUAUACAGCUGUGAUGGGUAUACGCACGGACACGCAUCUGAAGGGACAAGACUACUCUGAUCUCAGCAUGUUGUUCUAUAUUGGUUUUCUUGCAGCCGAAUUCCCAACCCAGUAUCUCGCUCAACAUAUCUCCAGACUAGGCCUCUACCUUGGUUGCAACAUCAUGCUUUGGGGGUUCGUUCUCGGCUGUCACGCAGCGUGUACCUCCUUCGCUGGCCUAGCAAUCUGCCGUACCCUCCUCGGAAUCUUCGAGUCCUGCGUAGCCCCUAUUCUCGUCCUUAUCAUCGCAAUGUGGUACAAGAAAGAGGAACAAGGUCGUCGUGUUUCUUGGUUCUAUGUCUGCAACUCGCUCACCCAAAUCGUUGGAGGUCUGUUGGCGUAUGGUGUUAGCUUUGCGAAUACAAAGUUUGCGAGUUGGAGGAUCUUCUUUUUGGUCAUUGGCGCAUUGACGAUAAUCAUUGGAGCACUAGUCUGUGUGUUCCUACCAGAUUCUCCGGUCAAAGCGACGAGGUUCAGUGAUGCCGAAAAGGUGGCAGCGUUGUUGAGGACAAAGGAUAACCAAAGCGGGACGCAGAAUGCGCAUUUGAAGAAGGCUCAAGUUCUUGAAACAUUCAAAGAUCUCCGCGUCUGGCUGGUUUGUCUCUGUACAAUGCUUAGCUCGAUUCCGAAUGGUGGCCUGUCGAACUUCUCCAGCAUCCUAUUGACCACUUUUGGCUACUCAUCAAGACAGGCACUCUUAAUGAGCGCCCCUGGCGGUGCCGUUGGAGUCAUCUGUGUUCUUAGUGUUGGCUACCUUUCCGAUAAAUGGCAUGACAGGUCCUCAGUCAUGCUCAUCUGCAUUCUGCCCACUAUCCUGGGUGCUGGGUUGAUGAUCGGUCUCGAUCCAAAUGGCGUCCCUAAGAACAAAGCUGGACUCCUAGCUGCGAGCUUCCUGACUGGUACAUUUGGUGCUGCUUUCAUGCUUCUCCUCGCUUGGAAUGCUUCUAACAUAGCAGGCCAUUCCAAGAAAGUCACCAUAAACGCUUUAACUCUCGUCUCCUUCGCUGUAGGCAACAUCCUCGGAACCCAGACCUUCCAAGCCAAACAAGCGCCAGGCUAUAUUUCCGGCAAGAUCUCCAUCAUCGCCACCCUUGGCGCGCUCUGUUUCGUGAUUUUGAUCCUACGGUGGUACAAUGACAUGCUGAACAAGAAGAAUAAGAAGGCGCUUGAGGGGAUGAGCGAUGGGGAAAAGACGGAGAUGGGGGAGAAAAUGGCAUUUGCGGAUCAAACGGAUAGGACGAAUCCAUUCUUUGUAUAUACGCACUAAGUGGGGCCGUCAAAUAUCAAAGUGGUAUGUAGAAAACACAUAAUGGAUUCUACCAAAUCAAAAUGCAGUUUGGAAAUUGGUGUGGGCAUGUGAACUUUAGCUCGGCUUGCCAACAUGACAUCUACUUUUCACACAACCGCACAAUCUAAUUGUCUCACAUCAGUGUCCAUACUUCAACUUAUAAC